ACUUUUGUCACGUUCUCAAUUUAUAUAAAAAGGGGUCAAGGAUCCAGAUCUAUUUGAUCUUUUGAAAUUGAACUUUCCAAAAUAUCCAAAGUAUAUGCAAAUGCCCGAAAGAAAUACUACAAUGAUUAAUGCUUAUCGGCUUGAAUUAGAAGCUGAUGGAUCACUUAGUAACGAUAAAAGUUUCAUAAGGCUCCCACCUCCUAUUAAUCCUUAUAUAUUACGAUUUAAUAUUCGUGCAGGAUCAUUUGCUUCCCAUAGAGGAAUUCUUUAUACAAACUAUCCGAUAGAUGGUUCUGAAUUCGAUAGAAACAAAUUUCAUUCAAAAAGAUUUCCGAUUGAAUUUACGAAACCUCUUAAUAUUGACAUUACCAUUCAAAGACCAGGUGCUUUUGAAUUUUAUGUAGAAUAUAAGGAAUUAAAUUCAAAUUUGAUAAAAUCUUCUACCAAAAGUCAUUUUGUGGUCGAUCCGUUGUUACAUGUCGGUACACGACGUCGGAUAUUUACACCCGAAUUAAUUUCCUCAGAACCAACUACUCCGAUUCCUAUUGAUGGUUUGGUUAUUCAAUCAGUUCUGCCAAAACUCCUUGGAAGGUUUUCUGAAUGGGACACUCACAUGAAAGCUAUAUCUGAUCUUGGAUAUAAUAUGAUUCAUUUUGUACCAAUGCAAGUACGUGGUGAAUCCAAUUCUCCUUAUUCCAUCUACGAUCAAUUAUCAUUCUCGAAUGAUUUAUUCGAACCUGAAGAUCGUUCGAAGGGUCCCGAUGAAAAAAUCGAAAUUGUAAAAAAAACAUUAAACAAAAUUGAACAUGAAUAUAAACUUUUUAGUCUUUCUGAUGUUGUUUGGAAUCAUACUGCUAGUAAUUGUGGAUGGCUUCAAGAACAUCCGGAAGCUGGAUAUAAUUUAAUUAAUUCACCUCAUUUAACUCCCGCCUUUGAACUUGAUACUGCUUUACUUGAAUACUCAUCUAAUCUUUCUAAGUUGGGAUUUCCAACUAGAAUGAAUAAUGAACAAGAUUUGGAAUUAAUUAUUGAAGGUGUCAAAGAACAUGUGUUAAAUAAAAUUCGUUUAUGGGAGUUUUACGUCAUAGAUGUUAAAGAAGCUGUGAAUGAGUUUAAGGAAGCAUUAAACAAGCCAUGGCCAUCUUCCAGAAAGGACAUUGAUUAUUCUUCUGAAAGUUCUAUUUCAUUUAUUCUCGGUUUAAUUGAAUCAGAAAUAAUAAAUAAAUCUAUUGAUGAUGUUGGUAAGACCGACGCUAACGAAGAUGAUGAGGUAUCACUUGGUGGUUUGAUAAUAGACGAAAAAUCGAGUACUUCAGCUGAAAAGUCAAUUUCAAACAAAACAGAUGUUGAGAUAAACGGUAAUGAAAAGGAAGGUAUUGAAAAGACAAAUCCUGUUAAUUUGGUUGAAGAUAAAUCAGGUAUAAAGAUCGAGGAGAAACAGAAAUUGGAAGAGAAAUUGGAUGAAAGAUCAGUACUAGUCGAUAAAUUUGAGAAAUUCAUUAAUGAAAUUAAUCUACCUUUCUAUGUAUUGUAUGAUGAUGAUGUCAUUGCUAUACUUGAUAACUUAUGGAAUAGAGCCAAAUACUUGAAGCUUGAUCCCCACGGACCUAAACAAGGUGAAAUCGGUAGAAAAGUCCCAAUUGUUGAACGAUAUUUCACACGAAUUCCGUUAAAUGAGAUCACAAAGAAACAUCCAAAAGGUGCAUUGGCUGUUGUAAAUAAUGGUUGGAUAUGGAAUGCAAAUCCAUUACAGGACUUUGCAAGCAAUGGAUCUUUUGCUUAUUUACGAAGAGAAGUUAUUGUAUGGGGGGAUUGUGUGAAGUUACGUUAUGGAAAAAGUAGAGAUGAUUCUCCGUGGCUAUGGGACCAUAUGACAAAGUAUACCGUGCAGCUUGCUAAAUUAUUCCAUGGUGUAAGAAUUGAUAAUUGUCAUUCUACACCAAUUCACGUUGCACAAUACCUUCUUGAUGAAGCACGUCGAGUACGUCCAGAUAUGUACGUAGUUGCUGAAUUAUUCACAGGUUCAGAAGAAACGGAUAUCAAGUUUGUGAGAAGUAUUGGAAUAAAUUCGCUUAUCAGAGAAGCUAUGCAAGCGUGGGAUCCGCGUGAAUUAAGUCGUUUGGUACAUCGUCAUGGAGGAAAGCCUGUCGGUUCUAUGGACACUGAGUGUCUCACUAGCGUGUCUAUGUGUAAAGAUCUGGAUGGAGAAUCAGACGUUCAAUGUCUUGUUACACCCCUUUCAGGAUCAAAACCACAUGCUCUUUUCAUGGAUUGUUCUCACGACAAUGAAACACCCCAUCAAAAACGUAUUGCAGAAGAUACUUUGUCAAAUGGUGCUCUUGUAGCCAUGAGUUCAUGUGCUACUGGUAGUGUUAAGGGAUACGAUGAAGUUUAUCCUGAACUUGUAGAUUUAGUCAAAGAAACCAGACCUUACGCAUUAUACGAAAAACCAUUAGAUAUCGGUAUUGGCAGAGUUAAGAAAGUGUUGCAACACUUACAUACCGAAAUGACUUUAGAUGGAUAUAUAGAAACUCAUGUGCAUCUUGAAAAUGAUUAUAUUAGUGUGCAUAGGGUACAUCCUCAUACUCACAAAGGUUAUUUAUUAAUUGUACAUUGUGCAUUCUCAACAAACUCAUCUUUUAUAUCUCCUAUAAAACUGAGAGGAACUAGGACAGAAUUAGUUUUUUCUACAACUUUAAAAGUACAUUCUCGUAAAUUUACUCCACGUAAAGACCAUCUUAUCGGACUUUCUGCUUCCCUUGAAUCGCUUAACGGUCCUAAUUUGCGUAAAAUUUCUGAUGAUCAAGGUUAUUAUACAGAAGUAACUUUGCCGAAAGAAUUUCCACCAGGUAGUGUCAUGUUAUUGAAAACGUGGGUAGAUAAACAACACAAUGGAUUGGAUGAAUUUUUGACAUCAGAUGUUGAAGAACCUUUUCGAGAGUUGGAUUUAGUUGAUUUGAAUAUAGUUUUACAUCGAUGUGGUGGAGAAGAAAAUGAUGUUACGCCCGGUCACAGUGUUUAUAAUAUUCCUGGGUAUGGAGAUCUUCCAUAUUGUGGCUUAGAAGGUUUCAUGUCAGUGUUGAGUCAGGUUAUGAAACAUAAUGAUUUGGGUCACCCAUUUAGUUCUAAUUUACGUGAAGGUCAUUGGGCUUUAGAUUAUGUGACAAACCGACUCGAAAGGUAUUUGGAAAUUUCACCAAGACUUCAAAAAUUGAUUAAUUGGUACAAAGAAAGGUUUGAUGCAAUUAAAACUGCACCAAAUUUCCUAAUUCCUAAAUAUUUUGCACUUGUAAUAAAAACAGCUUAUGAAGCUGCUACAAAAAGAGUUUUAAAACAAUCAUCACCUUUUGUAUACGAAGGGGGACCAUUUAUUCAAUCACUUGCAUUAUGUUCUGUACAGAUGUAUGGUACAGUACUUUCAACUGGUCUACACCCUACAAAAAUUGGCCCAUCAAUGGCUGCUGGUUUACCCCAUUUUACUUACAGGCAUAUGAGAUGUUGGGGGCGUGAUGUUUUUAUUUCGUUACGUGGUUUAUUUAUUACUACCGGAAAUUUUGAAGCGGCAAGAAGACAUAUAAUUGGAUUUGCUAGUGUACUCAAACAUGGAUUAAUUCCAAACUUAUUGGAUGCUGCCCGUCGUCCGAGGUAUAAUUGUCGUGAUGCUUCAUGGUGGUUUCUUCAAUCAAUUCAAGAAUAUUGUAAAUUCUCACCUGAAGGAUUAGAAUUUCUUAAGACAUCUGUUAUUCGAAGAUUUCCGAAGAAUGAUGAAUUUGUUGAAGCGGAUGAUCCUUUGGCUUAUAAAUAUGAGAGCACUAUAUUAGAGAUUAUUCAAGAAAUCUUAGAAAGACACGCUAAAGGAAUUCAUUUCAAAGAAUGGAAUGCAGGUCCCAAUUUGGAUCAUGCUAUGACAGAGAAGGGAUUUCAAAUUGAUAUUCAAGUAGAUUGGGGGACUGGGCUAUUAUUUGGUGGUAACGAAUUUAACUGUGGUACAUGGAUGGAUAAAAUGGGUGAAUCUGAAAAAGCUGGUAACAAAGGAUUACCAGCAACACCUAGAAACGGUGCUGCAGUUGAAAUUAUCGGGAUGUUGAAGUCCACUUUGAGAUGGCUUACUGAAUUAAGUGAAAAAGGACAUUACCCUUGGAAAGGAGUUGAACUGGGAGAAAAUCGACACAUUAAGUUCUCUGAAUGGAAUGAUUUAAUUCAACAAUCAUUCGAAAAAUGUUUCUAUAUUCCUCUUGAUCAAGUUGAUGAUUCGAAAUAUGAGUUAAAUACAAAAUCGGUAAAUCGUAGAGGAAUAUAUAAAGACACAUACAAGGCUUCAAAUCAUUAUGGAGAUUACCAAUUAAGACCAAAUUUCCCUAUUGCGAUGGUAGUGGCUCCGGAAUUAUUUGAUAAUCAGCACGCAUUGCAAGCCUUAAAUACAGCUCGUGAAGUGCUUGCUGGCCCAUUGGGUAUGCGUUCAUUAGAUCCUAAAGAUUGGGCAUAUCGUGGUAUUUAUGAUAACAACAAUGAUAGUGACGAUAAGUCAAUAGCUAAAGGAUGGAAUUAUCAUCAGGGACCUGAAUGGCUAUGGUGUACUGGAUAUUUCCUUCGUGCUUAUUUAUAUUUUGAUAUUCGUGCUGGAAAAGGGAAAGAAAGUCCUCAUGAAACGAUCUAUGAUAUAACACAACACCUUUUACCGCAUCGUAAAAUCAUUGAAACAAGUCCAUGGGCAGGAUUACCUGAACUUACUAAUGCAGAUGGUGCAGAAUGUCAUCAUUCUUGCCCUACACAAGCAUGGUCUUCUGCUACUUUAUUGGAUUUAUUUGAUGAUAUAAAGAAACUUGAGAAAACUUUUAAAUAGUCAAUUUAUUUAUUUAUUUAUUUAUUU